AUGGAUAAGCCUAUAGUGGUUAACCUUCCUAACUCUGUUAAGCACCCUGAGGUGGACUUUGUUAGGAGAGAUGAUCUAAUAGAGAAUAAAGAACUGUUGAGGUAUAGUAGGGAGAUCUUGGGAAGCUUUAAUCAAAUGGCAUUAGAAACCUCUAAAAAUAUUAAGCCCUAUGAAAAGGAAAGAGAGAAUUUUGCAAUUAAAGCAAACCCUGAAGAGUAUGAGGAGGAUCUUAAAGAGUUCAUUAAAAAGGAUACAGCUGCUAUUCGUAUUGUUGAUGGUACCUUUGUGGUUGAUGACUGUGUUGGAGGUGUACGUGUACAAACAGAGACCAACUCCUGUCAGGUUCUUGAAGAAAGGAUUAGGCCUGCUUUGACUGUUAACAAGAGGGAUUUGCGCUACUUUGAGCUCCAGUUUGAUGGAGAAGGAUCUUAUCAAACAUUUCCGAGAAUAAUUGAAAAUGCUAAUCUCAUCGGGGCCACUUAUGAAGAUUCUCUUCUUGGUGAUGAUCCAGUCUACCAUGGGAAGGGAACAACUGCCUCCUUUGUUAGAUUGCACAGUUGGGCAUUUACACCGACCCAUUUUGCUAGAAUGUAUACCUUAAAGUUUGGAGUUGAUAAGGCAGAAAUGGGGGAUAAGCUUGGGCCAACGUUGCAUAGGCUAGGUACCACUAUGAAGCUUGAUGAGAAGGACGUGAUAGGCAAGGCUCAGAAACAUUGUGUUGAGAACUUGUUUGAGGGUCCUUUUGAUGGUAUACAUACCAAUGUUAGCAGCAACGGUAAUCAUGAGGGUUCUCUAAUAGUGUAUGUUUCAAAAAUGAUUUCUGCUUUUGAAAGGCCAGGAUCAUAA